AUGGUGAACGUGGUGGAAUUGCAGAAACACCUGCAGAGGUGGCAGCAGAGUGGGAAUAACGUGAAUGUCGAUGCCAACGGAGAGCUCAUGUAUGUCAAAGUCAUGACUGAUGAGCAGUUGGAAACCCUCAGGAAACAAAUUGCUGUUUAUGGCACCAUUUGUGACCAACUUAUUGAGAUGCACAGAACACUCUCAGCUCAACAGGAUCUUGCAGGGGUUAGAUUGGGAAACAUAUACUGUGAUCCAUUGAUGACAUCUGUCGGACACAAAAUAACAUCCAGACAAAGGUGGACACCUACACCUGUGCAGCUUCAGAUUCUUGAACGUAUAUUUGAUCAGGGAAAUGGAACUCCAAGCAAGGAAAAAAUCAAGGAGAUCACUGCUGAACUGGGCCAGCAUGGUCAAAUUUCUGAAACAAAUGUGUAUAACUGGUUUCAGAAUAGGCGUGCUCGAUCCAAAAGAAAACUGCAAAAUGUGGCUGCUAGCAACACUGAAUCAGAAUUGGACACUGAGGUUGAUUCUAAGGAUAAGAAGACAAAACCUGCGGAGUUUCUGUCCCAGCAUAACAUAACUUCUGGAGGGGCUGAAAAGUUGUGCUUUCAGAACCCUCACGUGUACUCUGACUUGCAGUACUUGAACCCUGAUUCCAGCAAACCGUACUCCAUGUUCCCAUCAGAUGGCAGUUUGAAAUCCACAAGAAAUUUAAGUCAUGUGUCUGUUUUUAAUGAGGUGCUGUCUAACUCAAGGAGUGAGUAUGGAGGUGGUGGAAAAAUGGAAGUUGCUGGGACAGUGAGCUACAAUUUAUUUCACCAAACAGGAAAUCUUGGGGCUUGA